AAUACCGGCAACAUAUUUGUAAUAUGAUUGGAGUACUGCUAACUGAGGCAUUUGUUGUUGAGGAUCGAGUCAUGUAAAAUUGUAAUUGUAAUAACAUGGUAAUGAUCAGAGACAAAGCAGUGUGUGAAGUUGGCUGGCUGUGUGAACAUUUUCUUUCUCUGUCUCCCAUUCUUGCGCUUCAUUUAAUGUGAUCUAUGGAUGUGGAUGGUUAGUUUCUUAACUCUUCUGUAGGUGAUUGUAGAUCAGGAAUUGAAAAGGGGAAUUUAAUUGGAUCUGGGCACUGCUUUUUGAAGGAGGUGAGGAAGUGGACUCUCUGAAAGAGAGUGAAAGUUGUACCACCCCUCUUCAAGUGAAGUUACUUAAGGUGUGACAGCUCCCACGCGAGGCAUGACAAGACUGUCCGACUUAGUGAAGGUGAGGAUCCAAGACACCUUUGAGGGAGUAAAUCUCAGUGCUGCUGCAUUGGGAUGUGUUGUUGGAGUUAAACAGAACACAAGUUGUUGAAAACAUUACGUCUUGCCUGAAAGUCAAAUGGUUUGUUGCAGCCUUUUACUCACUGAUGGCAUCAGAGGACGGUUGUGUUUUUGUAGAGUGGACGGCCAUCUGAGUGUGGGCAUCGCUAAUUUGCAGCUCGAAAUGACUUUCCUUUAAAGGCAGAAGGAUGAGAAAUGGCUGAAUCUUGAUGUGCUCCUCACAAUGCUGUGUAACUUCCUCUAUGAUCCGAAGAAAGGAUGAACCGCAGAUUCACUGCUUAAAGGGUUUCAGCAGUGACUUUCAAGUCAAGAGAGUGAAGAGCUCUUCUCUAAACUCACAUUUUGUACGGAAACAAAAAAAAAAGUUGUUUGUAGACCUACUUUUUGCUGAAGGCGUCAAACCACUGAGCCCACAUGUUCCCAAACACACUUUUUCAUUUUGCUUUCCUGCUGAUCUGAGACAAGAGAGACGUUUCUGGUUGAAGAAAAGCAGUAACUAUUGCUACUUCAGAAUUUUGUGUGGACUCCAAAAUGAGAAUCCUCCUCUGUUUCAUGUCAGCGCUGCUCUCCUCCACUGCCCAGCGUCUCGUCCUGGUUAAACCCCGAGAGACGGUCAUUCUGAAGUGCGGAGUGGAUUCCAUCACUGGCUUCCUGGAGUGGCGUCACGGACAAGACGUCAUCUUCAGCGUCGAUGGAAAGAGCGGCCUUGUUCGCGCGGGCAACGCUCCCAAGGCAAAGCUCAAGAAAGGCAUCGAUCUUGAACUCAGAAAUGUGAAAGAAAACAACGCUGGGUUGUAUCAGUGCAAUGCUGACGGAAAGAUAAGCAAGCAGAUACUUCAGCUCAUCUCAGUCCAGGUCUCGCCGUCUGAACUCACUGUGGGAGGAACUGCAUGGUUCAACUGCGAUGUACCCGGUCGGCAGACGCUUGUACAGUGGAUGAGCCCGAGAGGGAGUUUAUACAACAAUCCGAUGCCGAUUGUCAGACCUCUGAGCAGCUCUCACUCAGGGAGGUGGUUGUGUGUCUUCUCCCAUGAUGGGGAGACGUACAGCCACGGGCUGGAUGUUACAGUUAAAGAAGCCACCACAGCACCUUCACCCACAACUAUUGCCUCUUAUCCCACCAACAACACCUCUCCCCCGCCUCCCACUCACCGGUCAGGUGAACUGCUGUUCCUCGGGCUCGGAGGCUGGAUGUGGGCAGCUCUCGCUUUUAGCAUCCUGAUGCUCAUGUUACUGACGUUACUCAUCUACGGUUUGAGCAAACAGCUCCAAAGAAGGAAGCAUAGACUCCUCAGGAUGAAGAAAAACAGAGUGUACUGCAACUGCAGGCUACCGACAGCUGCGGCGUCACUUCAGCGAGGCCGGCGCAGAGACAAACCGUGAGCUCUGCCUGCUCCGCCGUGGCUUUUGGAGUGACAGAAGGAAGAACAGAGGCAGAGGAGGGGAAGAGAAUGGGACUCCGUCGUGAAUGUUAAACAGUGUUUUCAAUGGAAAUUGGAUUCCAAUGCAAUUAUGUUCCUUUUUCUGGGCAUUUUUAUCAUACAGUUUGGAUCACAGCGAUAUGAAUGUAAAUAAUCAGAAGCGAGAAGUUGGGGAGAAGAAGACGCCAUCGGUCUGGAUUUGUCUCCUUGUUCAUGCCGCUUCUCAGAGUGUCACGGCUCUGUUAUUUUUUAUCUUGGUUUGCUGUGACUUAGAAUAGCAACUAAACAAUCGAUAAAGUCUUUGUGUGUAAAACAGUGUGUGUGUGUGUGUGUGUGUGUCAUUAAUCAGACCUGCAGUGUGACUCUGAAGCGACAACCUCCUGGAAAUAUCUCCAUCAAGCAAACGCUGAAUCCACUUACCAAGAGGUGAAUGGAUAAAAACAUUGACUCGCUGCCAAUUCAUGCCAAAAUAAAAGUGAUAUUCACCCUCCACCCUCAUCCUUCAACAAC